AUGAAAUAUUUUUCAACAAGAGGCUCGUCAGAUCUUUUCACAUUCUCAGAAGUAGUCUUAAUAGGCUUGUCUAAAGAUGGUGGACUUUUUAUUCCGCAGACGACUCCAACACUACCCUCAGACUGGAAAACUGCCUGGUUAAAGCAUUCGUUCACCUCUCUUGCCCUUGAAAUUUUUUCACUUUAUAUACCUGACGACGAAAUUCCUCGCAAAGAUUUAGAAAGAUUAAUUAAUAAAUCGUAUUCAACGUUCAAGACGCCUGAUAUUACUCCGUUAAAAAAAAUAAGAGAAAAUUUUUAUAUACUAGAAUUAUUUCAUGGGCCUACAUUCGCUUUCAAAGAUAUUGCGUUGCAAUUUUUGGGAAAUUUAUUUGAGUAUUUAUUGAAAAAAAAGAACUUGGAGGAGAGUUUAGACGGAAAAAACAUGACCAAAAAAGAAAGGAUUACAAUUCUUGGGGCUACUAGUGGUGAUACUGGAAGUGCAGCGAUUUAUGGAUUACGAAAUAAAGAAGAUAUUUCAGUAUUUAUCCUACAUCCCCGAGGCAAAGUGUCACUCGUGCAAGAAGCUCAAAUGACCACCGUAUUGGAUAAGAAUGUUCAUAAUCUUGCAGUCGAAGGAACUUUUGAUGAUUGUCAGGAUAUCGUAAAAACACUAUUUUCGGAUAAUCAAUUUAAUCAAAAGCAUAGUUUAGGCGCCGUAAAUUCCAUUAAUUGGGCAAGAAUUUUAGCACAAAUUGUGUAUUAUUUUCAUUCGUAUUUUCAACUUUUUUCAUCGUUAAAUAUUUUGCCAAGUUCCCCUGAAGCCAGUAAUAUUCACCUUCAAUAUUGUGUUCCAACGGGUAAUUUUGGGGACAUAUUAGCAGGUUAUUAUGCUAAACGUAUGGGAUUACCAAUCGAGACACUAGUGGUAGCUACAAAUUCCAAUGAUAUUCUAGAUAGAUUUUUUAAAACGGGGAGAUAUGAAAAAAUAGUGAAUAGUGAAGGCGAUGGAAGAGGGAAACAAAUAGUACAUGAAACUUUAAGUCCAGCAAUGGACAUUACAGUUUCAAGUAAUUUUGAAAGAUUGUUAUGGUAUCUUGCGUGUGAGUCCAUUGAUAAUAAAUCUAGCGAAGAAAAAACGAAACUUGCAGGAUCGAUUGUGAAAAAAUGGAUGGAGGAUUUGAAAUCCAAACAGUGUUUAAUUGUGGAAAAAGCACAGUUGGAAUUGGCAUUACGAGAUUUCAAAACGGCCGUUGAAGAAUCAUUAAAAUCAUUUAAUGAAUUCAAAUUUCAAGAAAUUUUGCCAACAGAGUUCGUUGGGCUAUUGGAAAGGGAAAAAAGAUGCGUGUAUGUAGAAAGAGCUGAUCCUGAAAUGGUUAAAAAAGUUAUUGAAAGCGA